AUGGCCAAAAGUUCUGCUAAAAUAGGCUAUCAUAAUACUAGUGGUAAAGCUAAAUCGGAACCGAUGAAGUCGUCAAUUUCAAAAAAUUACCAUAAUCAUCACCAAUCAACUUUUGGUACCAAGAAUUUAAAAGCGUUAAAGAGGAGAAAAUUUAGCAUUGCCAAUUCCACAACCUCCUCGUCCUCGUCCUCGUCAUCAUCAUCAUCUUCUUCUUUGCUGCAGAAUUUGUCAGAUGACGAUCUCGAGACUAUCAGGGCUAAGAAGAAUGUUUUAAACUCUGCAGAAUCUAAGCAUUAUCUUAGUUCUGGGUCAGAUUCUUCUUUGACACAAUUUUCCGAUGAGGAUAACAAUAUAGAGGAACUUGAUGGCGGCAACAGCAGCAACAGCAACAGCAACAGCAACAGCGGCGACGUCGGCAGUAAAAGCAAUAGCAACAAGUCAAAAAGUCAUAAAUUGAGGUUAUUGGUAGGUAGAAAGGGGGUCUGUAAAAAGACAAAGAGUUAUGCAAGAAAAGGAAAACCAAGAAAGACUUUUGAUUGGACGAAAGGUAAUACAAAUGAGGUGUUUGGAAUGUCAUCUGAAGAAGAUAAUGUUGAAGAAGAAGAAGAAGAAGAAGAAGAAGAUGACGACGACGACGACGAUGACGAUGACGAUGACGAAGAAGAUGAAGAAGAUGAAGAUGAAGAGGAAAAACCUAAUUUAGUAGAGCUUUAUUCGCUUAUGGAGAAAGGAAAAAAUUUAAAGGUGUACGAGUCAAAUGAGAGUGCCAACGAAGGUAAUUCAGAUGAGGAGGAGGAGGAAGAGGAUGUAUACAGCUCAUCCGAUGACGAUUCUGAUGUCGAUUUUGUCAAAUUACAGGCACAACAAAAAGCUCAGUCUUUGAAAGCGGUUAAAGCUAUGGAAAACCCCAAGAAAGAAUUUACAAAGGAAAACAAUAUUGGACCCAAAGAUGAUAACACACUGAUACCGAAAGCAUUACCAAAGCGUAGAAAAAGUAGUUCUAUCAAGUUUGGGCGAAGGAAAUCUGAUGCAGUACUUCCUGAUUUGAAUUUUACAUUUGAAUUUGAGCCAAAGCAAGAGCACGAGGAGCAAGAAGCUGCAACUGUGCCAUCUAAAGUAGAAGAAGAGGAUAUUGGGGAAGAGAUUGUUUACUCUCCCUUGUCCUUAGGUUUGGAAGCUAGUAAUCAGUUUGACUUUGAACAUGAUACUAAUUUGCUAUACUUUCCCAAAAUCAAUGAGACUGAGUUGAACUCGGAAGAUGAUUAUGAAAUUGAUGACAAUGAAUUACUUGCCACUUUGCAGGCAGAGAAUGAUAUUGACGAGUUUCUACCUAGUGCUGCUAAUGCAUCGUCAGGUUCCUUAAUCACCCAAACUGGAAACGAGCAAAUGACCAAAGAUAACUCUGUAAUAUCAUCGACUGGUGAAGAUGAUAUAAGUGGAGACGGAGGCGAUGAUGAUGACGAGAAUGACCCGUUUUUAAAAGAAGAAGAGAAAUUUUUGGUUAACGAAUUCGAGACAAAUGGGUUUGAUGAUUAUGAAGGAGGUGAUGAAGAUGAAGAGGAAGAAGAGGAAGAAGAAGAAGAAGAAGAAGAUGAUGAUGAUGAGGAUGAUGAAAAGUUUGCUUUUGACGAUAGUGAGUAUUCGACAUCAAAAAAGAUUAUUAAUUUAUUCAAAGGGAUUGGCGAGGAUAAAACUAAACCAAUAGUGCAAUAUGAAAGCAGUGCUUCUAAUCCCAGUGAAUAUGAUGAAGACGACUAUGUUGACUUUGUUGAAUUUGAUAUGCCUUUAUUUGAAGGAGACGACGAUAAGGAUGAGAAGGAAAAAGAAAAGAAUAAGAGCAAGAGCAAGAAUAAGAAUAAGAAUAAUAUCAAUAACCGAAGAUCCAAAGCUGAAAAGUAUAGUAUGCUUCAUCAACAUAACAGUGAUGAGGACGACGAGUCAUACUUGUGGAACUAUUUCUUUAGUUCCGAUAAUAAUUCCCUGAGUGACGCCGAGCAGCAAAAUGAGGCUGAGAAAGAUGACCCAUUCAAACAUGAUGUUGACGAUAUUGAGAAUAGCAACAAUAAAACAACGAAAAAGAAGCAGGGUUUAUAUGGUACAAGCUUUCCAUUUAAACAUUAUCGAAUGAUAAACGAUGACAACAAAAAUGCUAAUAAUGAUGGUAAUGACGUUGAUGAGGGUGAUGAUGAUGAUAGCGAUUAUAAUCAUGGGUACGAGAGUAGCGAAUCCACUGAUGUUGAUGAGAAUUUACCAAAAGUUUCAAGUGCAUCUGGAGUUGGUUCAAAGAAAGCUACCGAAGUUCUUUCUUCCAAGACUGCCGAUUAUAGGCCUCCAUUAUUAGGCUCGUGGGUAACCAUUGAUAGUAAACCAUUUGGCAUAAUAGAUGGGUUGAGCACUCGUACGUUACUACCGAAUAAAUCGCAAGAGCCAAGGUAUGGCGGAAUUCCACAAACAUCGUCUGUCGCUUCGAGAGCUGGUACUUCGUCAGAAUCGUCAUUGUCAUUGCCUAGUGGCUUUCCACCAACCUCCACUGGUCAGACCACCACCAAUUCGCAGUCUACACCAGUAACUACAUCAUCAUCUUCCUCGCAGUUUGGAUCGAGAAAGAGUAUAGUGAACAAUUUCAACCCUGCUGGGCAACAGCAACAAUCAAUAGCUGCCACAGACGAUCUGGUAUUGGUGUUGGACGAUUUGUUGAAUGUUGACGAUUUAGACAACCAUGAUGAAAACGAUGCCCAAAUUUGGAGAGAUUUCAAUAACCAAAAAAGUCGAGUGCCCUUGGGGGCUUUUAGAAAUAAGUCAUCGAUACAAUAUGCUCAUCAUCACCAUCACAAUCACCACCAACAGCAGCAUCAACCACAAUCACACCGUCAUUCCCACCACAACAAAAAGCGUCGAAAAUUCUAG